CUGAAACGUCGCGAUGUGGAGCAAUCGCUGCUCGAUUUUUAUCCUGGCGCUGCUGGUCGCCAGCAAUGCGGGAAAAGUACCCGGAAGAUUGCCGAGAGUCCUGCCGGAACCCUUAGCCGAAGGGGAUGAAGGAGUGAUAGUGCGAGGAGAUUGUGAAUUUAAGGUCAACGGUGACCUCAACGACCCUGCUCCUCUGUUUUCGCGACACAACUCCUACGAAAUUGUAGUGCCAGAUCCCACGGACACAGUGCGUUUGGUUAAUGGAGAGCAGUUGGAUAUGUUCUGCCCGGGCGUGGGAUUUGCGGCUCCUUUCGCGAAUCGCUCGCAGGUGACGGCCACGUGUCUGCAGAACAAGUAUUUCCUGGUCGAUGAUCUCAUCUAUCCGUUCGCCAACUUCACCUGCACCAGCUGGCCCAUUUUUAGUGCCCUGCGAACAGGCAAGGACUGCAACGGAGGCACAGAUCUCGUCCAGGUGGGCUUCGAGGUGGAUGAUGGCGGCUUCCUGCAGUCCUACGAACUUUGCCACGAUGCCGAGGCGGAAGCAACGCGAUAUGUUCACCAUGUGCUCUACCCAUCAAGCUAUGACUAUCAGCAUGGAGUGGCGCGUCCCAGCUUUAUCGAGCUCGACUUCUACGGGGGCAGGGAUGUGAAUACGAAGUACACUCAAGUGCAGCAGAACAUCACCAUCAGCAACAUACUCGGACUAGAUGCCUCGCCCUAUUUCAAUUAUAGUGACAAUCGCAUCCUGGCCCGAGGGCAUAUGAUAGCCAAAACGGAUCAGAUCUUUGGGGCAGCCCAACACUCGACUUUCCUGUUCAUCAAUGUGGCACCCCAGUGGCAGACCUUCAAUGGAGGCAACUGGGAGAGGGUGGAGACUAGUGUUCGCAAGUUUGUGGCCGAUCGGAAUCUCACCACAGAUUGCUAUACAGGCACCUGGGGUGUUUCCACCCUGCCCGAUGUGGAUGGCAUCGAAAAGGAGCUAUACCUCGACUUUGAUGCGAACAACAACGGUUUGAUCCCCGUACCCAAGAUAUAUUAUCGCGUAAUCAUCGAUCGGCUGACUCGCGAGGGCAUCGUGAUCAUUGGCAUUAACAACCCCUACUUGACAUUGGAGCAAAUCCUCAAGGAUUACAUUCUGUGCAAGGAUAUUGGUAAUCAGAUAAGCUGGCUAACUUGGUACAAGGAAGAUCUCCACGAGGGUUAUUCCUAUGCCUGCACUGUGGAGGACUUUACAGAAGUGGUCAAGGACUUGCCGUUGGAAGAUCUGCAUACAAAUGGAGUUCUUGGACUGGACGACGUUACAACUGUUGAGCCUUCUAGUACUACGAAUACACCUGAGACUUCUACCAUAUCUUCAACAAGUACUGAAGAACCAAGCUCAACUACCACCACUGAAGUUCCCUCAACCACAGUGCCUGUAACUACACCUAGUACCACCACUGUUUCUUCCACUACCGAUGAACCAAGCUCAACUACUACCACUGUAGUUCCCUCAACCUCAACAACUACACCUAGUACCACCACUGUUUCUUCCACUACCGAAGAACCAAGCUCUUCUACUGUUACGUCCACUGUACAACCGACUUCAACUACUGUUUCGUCCACUGUAGAACCCAGUUCCUCCACCACCGUGGAGACCACCUCAACCACUGUGGAAUCCUCUUCAUCUUCUUCGGUGUCUCCCAGUACCUCGAACCCCCCUGUCACUACUCCCUCACCCAUUGUAAGUCCCUGCAAGUUCAGUACGAAUGGGGAUCUCAAGGACCCUGCUCCGCUGCUAACUCCUCAAGGAGCCCUCAGCUGGCUUCUGCCUGAUGAAAGUGGUAUUUACACAGUUGAAGAGGGAUCUUCCAUAGAUCUGCAUUGCACUGGAGCUCUAUUAUCACCCUUUAAUAGGUACACCGCUCUAACAGCUCGUUGUGUUGGUGAUCAGUUGUACGAGGCUGAAGGACAGCGGGUUAAUAUUCGGGGAUUCGUCUGCCAGAGUUGGCCCACCUAUGUGGCAGUCCGAUCUGGAGAAUCCUGUGAGGGUGGUACCGAUCUUGUACAGAUUGGAUUCGAUGUGUCCGCUGGUUUUCUCAGCCAUGUGGAGCUCUGUUACAAUCAGCUGGAGCAGAUCUCGAAGUACGCUCGAUAUGAACUGACACCGGCCAAUGUGGCCUAUCAAAAAGGAGUUGCUGAACCGGGAUAUCUUCGGGGUGAUUUCUACACAGGGGAAGAUGUCAACGUUCUCUACGGCCAAUCGCAUCAGCUGGAGGCAUUUAGUUCAGCCCUGGGCUUGGAUGCCAGUCAGUACUUCGACAGCACUAAGGAUCUCUACUUGAUUCGAGGACAACUGGCCGCUCGUCUAGAUUUUGUGCAUAGUUCCGCCCAAAGAGCCACUCACUUCUACAUCAAUGCAGUUCCCCAAUGGAGGAGCAUCAAUAUUGGAAACUGGUUAGCCGUAGAAUCGAGCCUAAGGCAAUUUGUGGCCGAUGAGGCCUUAAAUGUGAGUGUACAUUCUGGCAGCUAUGACGUUUCAACUCUACCCAAUUCCCAAGGAGUCCAGACUCCCCUCUAUCUAAAUGCCGAAACUAAACAACUGCCCGUAGCCAAGAUACUCUAUCGCAUUGUCAUCGAUCAGGAAAGUCAGAAGGGCAUUGUUUUGAUAGUGGUGAACAAUCCACAUAUCACUUUGGCCCAGGUUCUGGAGGAUUAUGUGAUCUGUGAGGAUGUGGGCGCGCAGCUGGAUUGGUUGGACUGGGAUAAGACAAAUCUGCAGAAGGGAUACUCGUAUGCCUGCUCUGUUGAGGACUUUAUUGAAGUGGUUAAGGAUCUGCCCACGGACCAACUGCAGACUACAGGUAUCCUUGGCUUGAGUAGCCAGUCGCUGGAAAAUGAACUCUGCAGCUUUCAAGUAAACGGAGAUCUGAAGGAUCCGGCUCCUUUAUUUGUGAUCAGAAGUGAGUUGGGUCAGGCCAGAUAUGUGGAACCCAAUCACGAGGGCUUAGUCGAGCUUAAGCAUGGAGAGGCUCUGGAGUUCCACUGCAUCAAAUCCUUCACAGGACUAUUCUCUGGCCUUACCUUCGUGAACUCCACCUGCUGGCAGCAGCAGAGUUUCCUCACCCUGGGCAGUUUGUAUGAUCUACAGGACUUUGUCUGCACCUCUUGGCCAACUUACACGGCUCGUCGGACUGGUCGUUCCUGCAAUGGAGGUACUGAUCUCCUGGAAGUGGGCUUCCAGCUCUCAUCCUCCACUUCCGAUGACUUCCUGCAGACCUACGAUGUAUGCCAUAAUGAACUGACUGAGGUCACCCGCUAUGUGCAUCAUGUUUUGUACCCGGGCAGUGCCCAAUAUCAGCGAUCUGUCUCCAGGCCGAGCUUCGUUACCGGGGACUUUUACGGCGGCAAGGAUGUGAACACCUUGUACACCCAGGUGCGGCAGAAUAUCACGGUCUCGGAGAUCCUGGGCAUGGAUGCCUCGCCCUACUUCAACAUCAGUGGAAAUGUUUACCUGGCCCGUGGACACCUUUCGGCUAAAACCGACUUUGUCUUCGGGGCCGCCCAGCAGGCCUCCUUCUUUUUUGUGAAUGCGGCACCCCAGUGGCAGACCUUCAAUGGAGGCAACUGGGAACGGAUUGAGGAUAGUGUGAGGAAGUUCGUGGCCGAUGAAAAUAUUACAGCGGAUUGUUAUACGGGUACUUGGGGGGUGUCCACCCUGCCCGAUGUGGAUGGCAUUGAAAGGGAGCUAUAUCUGGACUUUGAUGAGAACAACAAUGGCUUGAUUCCAGUGCCCAAGUUGUACUAUCGCGUAAUAAUUGAUCGUCUGAGUAGAAAGGGCAUUGUGCUUCUUGGAGUAAAUAACCCGCAUGUCAAUCUAGAGCAAAUCGAAAAUGAGUACAUUAUUUGCAAGGAUAUUGGCGAGGAAUUGUCUUGGGUCAGUUGGACCAAAGAGGAUCUGAAGAAGGGUUAUUCUUAUGCCUGCACUGUAGAAGACUUUACUUCGGUGGUAAAAGACCUACCACUCGAUGAUCUACAGGUUGAUGGUGUGCUGGGCAUUUAAGGCUAGAUUUUGUGGCUGAACAAAAUCCAAAACAAAACGAAUUUCUUAAUUUAAAACCAAUAAAAAAUUACCCAAUCGCAAA